AUGGCCGCGGUGGUCCGGCUGUCUACUAUAGCAAUUGCGUUCCCCAAUUGCCAUCCCACGGUGAAAUGUCCUGGAGUUUCCAGCCUAAUCAAUAGCCGUAAAUUCAACUCUGUCUCCCCAGUUAUCAGUUCGAUACAACGACGUAAGAGUCGGGAAACCUUCUCAGUUACUUGUUCUGCCUCUAAUAGACCCUCGCCUGAUGUUAGUUCUACAGCCAAAAUACGAAGUGAAGUUCUUUCUCCCUUUCGUACUGUCCGGAUGUUCUUUUAUCUUGCUUUCAUUGCAAGUGCUUCUCUUGGAGGGCUGAUAGCGGUCACACAAUUAAUUGGGGCACUGGCCAAUUCAACACGAGCAGCUGAAGUACCUGACAUCAUCAAGGGUCUUGGCAUAGAUAUUGGAGCAGUAUCGAUUUUUGGAUUUCUUUAUUACCGAGAAAACGGUGCUAAAAAUGCUCAGUUGGCCAAACUUUCAAGAGAGGAAAGUCUCUCAAACCUUAAGCUUCGUAUAGAUGAGAAGAAAAUUCUUCCUGUCAGUGCUUUUAGAGGAAUUGCGCGUCUUGUUAUUCUUGCUGGUCCUGCAUCUUUCAUUACUGAGUCUUUCAAACUCAGUGAACCUUUCGUCGAGGGCCUUGUGGAAAGAGGGGUGCUUGUUGUCCCGUUUGCUACGGAUGGAAACUCACCUGUCUUUGAGUUUGAAGAGAGUGAAGAGACAAAGGAACGGACUUCCAAACAGAGAAGGCUAUGGCAGUUAUCGCCUGUUUUUGCCACCGAGUGGUCCAAGUGGUUAGAGGAACAAAAGCAACUUGCCAAGGUUUCUCCUGAAUCUCCAGUGUACUUGUCACUCCGUUUGGAUGGUCGCGUUCGGGGCAGUGGCGUUGGUUACCCGCCUUGGAAUGCUUUUGUUGUACAACUACCACCCGUAAAGGGAAUAUGGCUUGGUCUUCUCGACGGCAUGGAUGGAAGAGUUUUAUGA